AUGGCUGAAGGGCCGUUAGACUUCUGGAUUAACUGGGCGAGCCAGAUCGGGGUUCUCUUGAGCCUGGCCUUCCAGGUCAUCCUCCACCUCUUCGCCAACGUACGACGGCGUAGUAGAUCACCUAUGCUGAGGCUUCCCCUCUGGUUGGCGUACCAGCUGUCUGACAUGACUGCGACAUAUGCUGCCGGCCAACUCCUCUACAGCAGCAACACACCACAAGACCACCAACUCAUUGCCUUCUGGGCGCCAUUCCUCCUGCUGCACCUCGGUGGCCCGGACAACAUCACUGCAUAUGCCCUUGAGGAUAGCAAACUCUGGACGCGCCACUUACUCAGCCUUGUGGUGCAGGUAGUUGGAGCCGGAUAUGUUCUCUACAAGUACAUCGCCGGCAGUGAGAUCAUGCUCACACUGGCUGCCAUCUUGAUAUUUGUUGUUGGUGUUGCAAAGUAUUUGGAGCGGAUAUGUGCGCUAUUGUUUGCCAACUUCAGCAGCCUCCAGAGCUCUCUCAAGGUUGCCUCCCACAAAAAAAAGAACGAAAAGAGCUCUCUUAAGGUACCACGGCAGUACCAGCAUUUUUAUAUUGAGCAUCAAGACUGGUACAGUGACUUGGCGGACGAGCACCUCCUGCAGCGUGCUCACUCCCUGUUUCAUAUCUGUAAGCGUGGGAUAGUGGAUUCUGUGAUCGAGGUGGAUUUAGCUAACCCGAGUGAGGUGGUUUCUCUGGAUAACAAAACAAUCCAGGGCCUUUUGGAAGACCCUGAAGACAUGUGGAGGGUGAUGGAGAUGGAGCUCUCUCUCAUGUAUGAUAUCCUGUACACCAAGGCAAGUGUGAUCCACUCUUGGGUUGGCUACUGCAUCCGUCUUAUCUCGCCGGUCGCAGUUGCCACCUCGCUCGUGUUGUUCCAUUUGAGCAGCAAAUAUGGUUACAGCCAAGUCGAUGUUGCCAUCAGUUACACCUUGUUGGGUGGCGCCUUGGUCCUGGAGACCAAAUCGCUCCUUGGCGCACUAGGGUCAAGCUGGGCUCUUGCCUUCUUGUGUGUCACAGAAUGGGAUUGGCUCCGACAUUCAGCUCUGUGUACUGGAAGGUGGCAUCGGCUUCGGCGUGCACUUGUUUCUCUUCGACGGUCCUGGAUAGGCAGGAUGAUCAUGACAGGAAGCUCGAGGAGGUGGUCAGGCAGCAUGGGGCAGCACAGCAUGUUGAGGUUUCGUGCCAGACAGGUGGAUCUGGUCAGUCGAUACCUCGGCGAUCUGUCCAAGAUGUUGAGACUCGGUGGGUGGUGGGACAGAAGGCACGUAUGGACCAUCGAUGUCUCUGAGAAGGUCAAGAAAUGUGCAGAGGACUGGAUGGUCUCAACCGGUGAUAUGAACACAAUGGGCUUGCGGAGGACUAAAUGGGGUGGACUGGCACGGAAGCGCUACCCUGAGCUGUUGAAGGAGUGGGAGGAUUAUAAGUUAGUUGACUUCCAUGAGAGCGUCAUCUGCUGGCAUAUCGCCACCAACUUAAUCCUUGCUAAAAUAGAUCAAUGGGGCAGCGACGAUGUGGAGGUGGUCAGUGUGCUGUCCAACUACAUGAUGUUCCUCCUUGUGGACUCACCCGACAUGCUACCCGGCCUUCCCCAAAACUGGCUGUACGAGCAAACCUGCAAACAAUUGGACACGAUAUGUGAACAAUUUACCGGUUCUCCUAGCAAGGAGAUCGCCAAUGCAAUACUGAAGCAGGGGGGGCCUACUAACUCUGAAAAUCCUCGGCUCAGUUAUGCAUGUGUCAUUGCGGAAGAUAUGCUUUAUAAGGAGGGUGUGGUUACUGCUCUGAAAAUGUUGUGGUUGGACUUCCUGGCCUACGCAGCCAACCGGUGCAACAGGGAGGCGCAUGCGAGGAAACUCGGCAGCGGCGGUGAGUUGCUGACUUAUCUGGAACACCUCCACCAAGUAAAAGAAGGCAGAAGGGGCUGA